CCCCUUUCACAGCACGAUGAUGAUGUUCGCUUCGCCACACAUCAUAGCCUACCUACAUGUUAUUUAGAUUUCUAAGAAGUUUAAUCUUUUUUAGUUUUCUAAUUAGUAUUUAAGGCAUUAUUAAGGUUAAAGCAGAGAUUUAAGUAUAAUUAUUUUAAUAAUUGAAACGUAAAGAAGCAGAUACCGAUAAAAAAUAGACUGUAAGUAAGUUAGUUUUAUCGUAAAACAGAAAAAUAUCGGGGCAAAAGUGCGUUUCGGUCGUGAAGCACCAUUUUUCGUAGAGAAAAUUUUCGCUUCGCGGAGUGAUUUUGGUGAGCGAAGAAAAAGAAGAAGCGAGUUGUACGGGAAUCCGCGCCGCGCGUGCUGACGGUAAAGCGAAGAAGAAGAAGAAGAAGCUCGGUACGAAAGUGCGUUACACGUUCGUUUGGCCAAAAUUAGUGCAUACGGAAUGCAUCCGUCGAAGAAGAUGAACGCGGCGGAACUUGAUGAUCACGAGAAGGGUAAACUGUUUGUCGGCGGUCUGUCCUGGGAGACGACUCAGGAGAACUUGCAGCGCUAUUUUGGCCGCUACGGUGAGGUCAUUGACUGUGUGGUCAUGAAGAACAACGAGACGGGCCGCUCUCGUGGGUUCGGCUUUGUGACAUUUGCCGAUCCGGAUAACGUCGAACGAGCACUGGACAACGGACCGCACACGCUGGAUGGCCGCACUAUCGAUCCGAAACCGUGCAAUCCGAGGUCGCUGCAUAAACCGAAGCGUACCGGUGGCUAUCCGAAGGUCUUUUUGGGUGGCCUUCCCCCAAACAUAACUGAAACGGAUCUGCGCAGUUUCUUCUGCCGGUAUGGUAACGUGAUGGAGGUGGUUAUAAUGUAUGAUCAGGAGAAAAAGAAAAGCCGCGGAUUUGGAUUCCUGUCGUUUGAAAAUGAAGCGGCUGUUGAACGUGCGACUGCCGAGCAUUUCGUGAAUAUCAGUGGCAAACAGGUGGAAAUUAAAAAGGCAGAACCGCGCGAUGGUAGCGGUAACAAUAACAGCAUGAAUGCCGAUUCCUACCAGUGGGGAUCACCGCAAGCUCCGCCGAUGGGCAAUGGUCAGAUGGGAGGCCCUCCAAUUAACAUGCAGUCGAAUAUGAUGCAGGGCUAUCAAGGUUGGGGUGCAUCCCAGCCGCAACAGGGCUACGGAGGAUAUGGUGCCUCUGCCGGAGCAGCUAAUGCGUAUCAAGGUUGGGGAGCACCUCCACCACAGCAGUGGGGCAAUUACAAUGCUACGCCCCAGCAGACGCAAGGUUACGGUGGGUAUGAUAUGUACAACAGCUCCGGUGCCGGAAGUGCCGGUGGUUACGGAUCGGGCAACUGGAAUUCGUGGAAUAUGCCCCCGAACACGGGAUCGACCGGAUCGGCCGAUAUGUACUCACGACCACAAUCCGGCCCAACGGCUGGCCCAGCUGGAUCGGCCGGCCCAACGGCGGGAGGACCUUCGAAACCCGGUUCCGAGUACGGCGGUGGAUCGGCGUACGGUUCCGGUGCUGCCGGAGGUUACGGCGGAUAUUAUCAGAACGAACAGAACACAGCAGCCGCCUACAACAACAGGCCCAGGUCGGCGUACGGUGGCGGUAAUGAUGCUUCAUCGCAACCACCUUAUCCAGCAUUUUGAGAGAUGACGACGACGACGAGCAGGAUGCAACCGCCGCAAACCCAACCGAUGCACUUUGCCGCCCAGCACCAGCAGCUACCGGCAGCAGCGUCAACAGCAAUGGCAUCGGCGGCGGCGGCUGCAGCCUCCUUCGAUCGAAGCUUGAUUGGAACGAAAUCAUAAAAUGAAGAGGAUUAUUUCUUAUUUUUUUAAACUUGAAGAAAACACUAAUUAUACAUAUAUUAUAUUGAAGGAAGAAGAAGCACUAAGAAAGGGGAAGAACAAUUAUACAUAUAUUAUUAAACAGAGGAAUAAAACAAUACGCAAAAAGAAGUUUAAUAAAAUGCAAAAACACACAAUUGGAAAGAAGGCAAAACAUACAAGCGUAAGCAUAAAUACACAUCUAAUAUAACUUUAUUGACUAGGCUUAGGAGCGAAGCGGAAGAAAAUGAAAACGGAAAAAAGAAGAAGAAAUUG